UGUCCCUGCUUCUUGUUACUGCUGUUUUUUAUUCAGUUUUAUUUUUUUUUUCAAGGGCUGUAAAAAAACUCUUUAACAGGCGUAGCAAUACCUUGUCGUAAUAUUAGCAGUCUGUUUUAAUAAUGUACCAUUUCUUCCAAGGGAUUCUCUUGUUCUCAGCGGCUGCUACCUCUUUUGGAACAAGUGCUACAGAGGGUGAUGGGUUGCCGGCUUCUGAAGCGCAAAGCAACUCCACGAAGAUGCAGAAGAGCCUCUUUACCGACUGCCCAGAAUCCUACACUGCUUUUUGCCACGAAGGGUCAUGUAGAUAUUUAGUCUCUGAAUCAACUGCGUCUUGCAUCUGCCCUGGUGGUUUUGAUGGGGACCAGUGCCAAUAUGUCAACCUCCUGUCUGUGUUGUCUGUGGAUGUGGACUUCCUUCCCCAUGCGGUGGCAAUACUUCUUUUUGUGGCUGUGGUUUUGAUCCUUGCCUCAUGUCUUGCUGUAUACAUCUGCAGAAGGAGCAUGCAGUCCAAGACUGAGACUGAAAUCAAGUGUCAUAUGCUGGAUCAUACUCAAGUUUAAAAAUGGAUGCAUCUAAAGACUGGCAACUGCAUGUAAAAAAAAAACACUGGUUAACUUUUUUGGGGUAUUCUGGAAUUUGUGAAUGGAGUUGAAGCUUUGUCCAAUUUGCAGAACCUGAACAUGCUGAAGCUGGACCCCAGUAGCCAAGUUUUCAUUUGCUGUAUGAGAUUGUAGUGUUGUGGUGCAAAAGGUGAAUGAAUUGAAAGCACAUGUUCAUGUUAUUCUUUGGGUGGAAUGUUUUCAAUGUUGUACUGUUGAAUUUUAUGUUCAUUUUAAAUAAACUUUGUAUGAUACCACUGCUUUUUAAAA